AUGGUGAAGAAGAAGAACCCCACUCUCGCCUCCAGUGCCGUGAGCAGUGGCGCCGCCGCCAAGAAUCCUCCAAACCCGUCGAGGAGAAGCGCGCCAGAUGCUCCUCCUCCAGCUCCGGCGCCGCCAGCGCCAUCAAGCUCCACGGCCGGGCCCAACCCCGGCGAUUGGCCGGGUUCCACUACUACAAAACACGACGAGAAGAAGGCCUGGAGCCUCGGAAUAAUUUCUUCCGACGAGGGGAACAUUAUUCUUCCAGCCUCCGAGGCUUCGACCCCUGCUGCAGCCCCCAUGACCCAGAUAUCGACAGCUUCUUCCCUUUCCAAAGGGAAGGAGAUUCCUUUGACUGCCGCAGUUACAGCUUCUCCUCCAGGGAAACCUGAUUUGCGAGCUGUUAUCUCUUCUCUGGAGGCCUUCGCCUCCCAAUAUACCUCUCUGGAAGUUGACAAGGCCCAGCUGCAAAAGGAGGUCAAGUCUUCCUUCUCGAAGUUGGAGGGUGCGAUAAAAAUAGCUGCCGAGGCUCGCCAGGAGGUUGAUUCCUUAAAGGAUGAACUCGAGGGGCUGAAAAAAAGGCUGAAGGAUGAAGAAGCAUCCAGGCUUGCUGCCAAAGCUCGGAUGAUCGAAAAGGAUGAUCUUCUUCGCCAGUAUUCUUUGGCCUUGCUCAAGGCUGCCGACAUCCCUGCUGAAGCUCUGGACAAACUCCCAAACAAUUCUCCGGCAAAUACUUUAUCGAUGACCCUCGAGUCUCACCAGCUUGUUCAGGACCUCCUUCAGAAGGGUAAGGGAGCCAUGGCGAGGAUGCAUUCGAUGAUCUUCCCCAAGAUUGAUCAGAACAAGACCUUGGGGCAGCUGAUCGACGCUUUUUCCAUCAACACGAGGGAGGUUAUCGAGGUUUUUCCUGUGCCUUCAUUUACCGAUGAUUCUUCGGGUGCUUGUUCUGAGAGUGAUCGACUCCAUCACAUGAAGGAUCGAAUCGCUCAGAUGGAAAAGGAUAUGCGCAGCGCAUCCUCUUCCUUUGUCACAGCCUCCUCGGAACUUGAGAACCUGCGCUCCUCGUACCAAGAGUUGGAAACGAAACUGAUGGAGGCGGAACAAAAGAGGGAGCAGGCCGAGAAGCAACUGGCGGAGAAAAACUCCGAGUUCAUCAAGGAAAAGGGGGAAUUCGUGCUGAAGAAAAAUGCUGACAGCGAGACCAUCAAGAGGCAGCAGAAGGAGCUCAAUGGGCUCCGGAAAUAUAUGGAGACCACAGAACGUCAUUGGGAUUCACUCAAUGAACAAAUCCUCGGUACUUAUCCGAAAGCUUUUCUAGAGGUCUAA